UGAAGGAGAGAUGGGGGAGAGCUCGGGGAGAGGGGAGUGUUACAGGCUUCAAAGGCGCCCGUCUCUCUGAGGAGGCACUCACAGAGUGGAGCAGCCCUAGUGUCAGGAGGGAGCUGUGCUGCUGGGUCUAGUCUAAUGUCAGGAGGGAGCUGUGCUGCUGAGGCUGGUCUGGUGUCAGGAGGGAGCUGUGCUGCUGAGGCUGGUCUGGUGUCAGGAGGGAACUGUGCUGCUGGGUCUAGUCUAAUGUCAGGAGGGAGCUGUGCUGCUGAGGCUGGUCUGGUGUCAGGAGGGAGCUGUGCUGCUGAGGCUGGUCUGGUGUCAGGAGGGAGCUGUGCUGCUGAGGCUGGUCUGGUGUCAGGAGGGAGCUGUGCUGCUGGGUCUAGUCUGGUGUCAGGAGGGAGCUGUGCUGCUGAGUCUAGUCUGGUGUCAGGAGGGAGCUGUGCUGCUGGGGCUGGUCUGGUGUCAGGAGGGAGCUGUGCUGCUGGGGCUGGUCUGGUGUCAGGAGGGAGCUGUGCUGCUGGGUCUAGUCUAAUGUCAGGAGGGAGCUGUGCUGCUGAGGCUGGUCUGGUGUCAGGAGGGAGCUGUGCUGCUGAGGCUGGUCUGGUGUCAGGUGGGAGCUGUGAUGCUGGGGCUGGUCUGGUGUCAGGAGGGAGCUGUGCUGCUGGGGCUGGUCUGGUGUCAGGAGGGAGCUGUGCUGCUGGGUCUAGUCUGGUGUCAGGAGGGAGCUGUGCUGCUGGGUCUAGUCUGGUGUCAGGAGGGAGCUGUGCUGCUGAGUCUAGUCUGGUGUCAGGAGGGAGCUGUGCUGCUGGGUCUAGCCUGGUGUCAGGAGGGAGCUGUGCUGCUGGGUCUAGUCUGGUGUCAGGAGGGAGCUGUGCUGCUGAGGCUGGUCUGGUGUCAGGAGGGAGCUGUGCUGCUGGGGCUGGUCUGGUGUCAGGAGGGAGCUGUGCUGCUGGAGCUGGUCUGGUGUCAGGAGGGAGCUGUGCUGCUGGGGCUAGUCUGGUGUCAGGAGGGAGCUGUGCUGCUGGAGCUGGUCUGGUGUCAGGAGGGAGCUGUGCUGCUGGAGCUGGUCUGGUGUCAGGAGGGAGCUGUGCUGCUGGGUCUAGUCUGGUGUCAGGAGGGAGCUGUGCUGCUGGGCCUGGUCUGGUGUCAGGAGGGAGCUGUACUGCUGGGUCUAGUCUGGUGUCAGGAGGGAGCUGUGCUGCUGGGUCUAGUCUGGUGUCAGGAGGGAGCUGUGCUGCUGGAGCUGGUCAGUAAUUGGGUGAAACCAAGCAGUCGGCAGGCAGGCUGAGGACGCAUGCAAAGAUGUGACAUACGUGUCACCAGUGGAGGGAUUGAGAUGGGGAAACAGCCUCCUCGCCAGGUGAUCCGAACACAGGAAAACUCUCCCUGGGAUUCCGCUGAGGACGUUUAUAAU